AUGUGGUCGAUGUACGAGGUAUUCGCCAUUGUCUAUUCAAUAAUGGCGGUUCUGGAUAUCAUUGGUAACACGUUCGUCAUUCUUGUUGUCCUGCGAAACCAAUCAAUGAAGACACCUGUCAAUUAUCUACUUGUCAAUCUUGCUGUAGCAGACAUACUGGUUGGUAUUUUCUUCGGGAUACAAUUCAUAAUCACUCCAACUCUAAAGCACCCAGAGGGGAGCACUGGUGAUCUUCUAUGUAAACUCAUUACAGGCGGUGUUCCUGGGUGGGUGGGUGCGGUAACAUCUGUCUUCUCGCUGGUUGCCAUAGCAAUCGAACGUUAUUUCGCAGUGAUGUAUCCACACAGCCAACGGGGUAAACUCACCAUGACAAAGAUUGUCAUCUUCGUUGUUGUCAGCUGGUUUCUUGCUUUUUUGUGGGCCGGAGUAGGAUUUUUCAUGACAGUUUACAACGGUGAGUUGCAAAGUUGUGUUCACAGCUGGCCUAAGGAUAUUUACGCCAAUGUUUACACCGUUGGGUGGACUGUGGUGGCGGGAGUAAUGCCUUUAGGCAUCAUGGGUUGCCUGUACGCUCGUGUUGUAUACCGACUGUGGUUUAAGGAUCAGGAAAACGAGGCUACCCAGAGAGCAUUGCUGCGCCACAGAAGGCGUGUCACUAAGCUUGUCAUUGCUGUGACAGUUGUUUAUACGUUUUGUUGGGUUCCUGAGUUGACCAUCUACUUCUUGGGGUUUACAGGGGUUAUCAAAUUACAGGCGAUUCAUUUUAAUAUUGCAUCAGCUCUGGUGUUUUUAAACUCCACUGUUAAUCCAGUUGUGUACAGCUUGCAGAGCAGUGUUUUUCGAAGACAUUUUUGGAACCUUGUCUGUUGUCGAGAUGGUCCAAGGAUGAACAGUGUGAAUCCUGACUUACGGGGCUGAUUCGAUCUCAAGUACACAGGCAAGGUCAAACUACGGGCCAACGCCAAAGAGCGACGAUAUCAGACUACUUCAAAUUAGGGAGACAAAUAACCUGCAGCGAUGAUAAAACGGAUCUCCUUACCACCUCUCCAAAAAGACAAUGUUCCUUAAAAUUAUCCCAUUAAUAAACGCAUCGCUAUAUUUUACACUCUUUGGAACCUCCCUACGGUGACUAAACGCUCUCUUUUUCAAGCAGUAGCAAGCGAAGAAACUCUCUGGAGAUAACAUGUGUUCACACGUUUUAUUUUCUGUGGAGCGAGAUUUUUUUGUAGGAACACAAGAGUCCAUGGUCGGGAUGGUGAAAUAACAUAGAACACUGCUCUUUUCCCCGUUAUACCGCUCGCCGACAUUGCCGACUCUUGCCCUACGCACUAACAUGCUUCUAGAGUCGCCCUUUACCUUGACUUUCGGUUGCUGUUGGGAGCAGCACGUGAUGCCCCUUCAUUGUCGACUCCUUGCAGAGAGGUGCAACAGUAAUUUAUUGUAUGUACUUUAAUGAGAGCUACAAGUAUUCUCCCCCCGUCAAUAAAACAUGCAGAAUUUAUACGUACAUUUAAGUACCUCACUGAGCGUGUAUAUAUUUGUGACGACGAUUACGUUCAAGUUUGAUCAUAAAUUUAUCAAAAAAUUAACUCAUGAUAAUCUACUUUUCCAUAUAUCCUAUGCAGGCAGAUACGUGACGUAAGUCAGCAUUAUCACAGUUUUGAACAUCUAUCUGAACAAGGCUAAUUGUAAUUUUUUUUUUUCAGAGGGUUUUCCGAUGACCUUGAAUAAA